UAUCAAAAUGACUGAAUCGGAUAUUGUGCCGCGAAUACAAUUUGAAAAUCUUAAAGGAUUUCCUAUUAUCGAAAAAGGUCAACUUAUAGAAACCGAAGCAUUCCUACAUGCAUCUCAAGAAAUUGUUGCGAUCAUAGAUACUUUUGGUAAGCUUUUCAAACCAAUAACUAAGGAUAUGAGUGGAAACAUUGAGAAACUAACCAUAAGCUAUGAAAAAGGAAAAGACAAAUUCCAUUAUCUCGAAGACCUUAUUGUGAAAAAUAUCAAUAUGGACAAAAAGUUUUCCUCUGAUUCACUUUUAUGGCUAAAACGUGGUCUCCGAUUGAUAUGUACAUUUUUUGAAAAUAUGUUCAACGAUAAACAAAGUUUAGACAAUCUUAAACAACACCUACAAGAUGCCUAUGAUCGAUCAUUAAAACCAUAUCACGGUUGGUUUGUGCAGAAUACAGUUUCGGUUAUCUCCCGUUGGGCACCAACUCGUACACAACUAAUUGGCAGUGGUGAAUUGCAAGCGAAAAACUUGAAGACUUUAGAAGAAUUCAUUCCGCGAAUGAAAGCUGUUUUGGACCGAAUCGAUGCCUUGUAUAUGGAACACAAUCUAGAAGAGAAUUACAAAGUUUGAAAAGAAAAAACAAACAAAAUAGAAUAAAU